CCCUCAUCACAUCCCCUCUGUUAUCUCCAAGUUCCCAAUAAUCUCUCCUGUUUCUUCUUCUUCUCCUCAAGCAACGUCUCCACGGCCGUUCCUUUUCCCAAAUGCACGUACUCAUCCUCGGCGCAACAGGCCGUAACGGCGCCCUCGUCCUCGCCGAAGCCCUGGAGAGGGGCCACACCGUCACCGCCCUCGUCCGCGACCCCUCCGCCGCGGCCCUCGCCCCUCACCCGAACCUCACCCUCGUAAAGGGCAGCCCCCUCUCCCUCCCCGACCUCCGCGCGGCGAUGCGAACCCCUCCCGGCGACGGCCCGGACGCCAUCGUUGUGGCCCUCAACGCCCGGCGCGUCUCCGACUCCCCCUUCGCCGCCCUCCACCCGGACACCCCCGCCGCCCUCGUCCACGACUCGGUCCGGAACGCCCUCGAGGCCAUGCGGGACGACGACGGCGCGCUGCCCCGGGCCCGGAAGCUCGUCGUCAACAGCAUGCAGGGCGCCGGCGCGAGCAACUCUAGCCUCGUCCUCCCGCUCCGCGUGCUCUUCAACCACAGCAACAUGAAGCACACCCUCGACGACCACAAUGCCGUUGACGCGCUCGUCAGGGGCGACCGGGGCGACGGCGUGGACUGGGUGUUGGUCCGGCCGCCCAUGCUCACCGAGGGCGAGUCACUGCCGGUCAAGGUUUACGGCGACGAAGGCAGCGGUGUAAGCUGGGUGCCCAAGAUCACGCGGCGGAGCGUGGCCGGAUUCAUGGUGGACGCCAUCGAGAAAGACGAGUGGAACCGCGGGGCUCCGGUCAUCACCAACUGAAUGGGCGUUUUGCGUCGUCAAUAGGGGGAGAGGACCGAAACAUGCCGUGUUAGCGUGUCAUUCGGGGGAACCAUUGUGGUCCUUGAGAGCGAGUCUUGUGUGUUGUAGCAAUAAUAAGCAUGUUUGGUAAAGCCAAGCCAAGCCAAGCCAAGCCAUGCCAUGCCCUUUCUUCUUUUGAAAUGUCCUCCUGUCGCUUGGUAUCGUCGCUGUAACAUAUUUACAUGUGUUUCUUUUCAUGUGUGCUCCUCACUUUAGUUUGGGCCUUUCGUAUUUGCUUCCUGUGCUGGAAUGUCGGCGAAACCAUCCAUCCUCAGCAUCGCCUCCCUUUCGCUCCCCUGGGUGCCAAGUGACACGCCUGCGUAGAAUUAAGAGAACUGCUCCCCGUGAGCAGGUCAAUCGUGUUGAUUUAUACGUAAUGGGCCAAGACUGACCAGCACGGACGAGGCCAAACAGAUGCUUCCCCUUGGGUACACAUUGCUGUUCCCGCCCAGUCCGCAGCGACCAUGUCUCGAACCGCCACCGCGGCGUCAUCGCCUCUUCUAUGUUGUCAAUGUAGCCCACCCUCCGUUCGGCUGUGUUCUUGGAGUAGAUCGUGGCCCGUCGAUAUGUCAUAGAAUCAUCCGUGUCUCGUGGUUUGAUAAGAGAUGAACCACUUCCUCUCUAGGGCCCCUGCC